GCACGAGGGGCUUGGAGAGCCCCUGGCGCUGCUGAGUGGGCAGGCCGUGGCGUGUGUCAGGGUUAGCCGGGGCUUGCCAUGUAGUACGGUAGCCUGUAAGGGACGAAAAGAGUGAAAGGGUUGCUUUUUUUUUUUUCCCCUUCCCCUCCUCCUCCUCCUCUCCCUGUGGGCAAGUUUAUUGCAGGAAGUGGCAAAAUGCCCGGCGUGGCCGCCCGUAAGAAUCAGGAGCGGAAGAGGGAGAACGCCAUGGAGCAGCCGGCAGCUGAUGACUAUGCAAAGGAAAGAUAUGGAGUGUUGCCACUGAUACAAUCCCAGGACAAACCAGAUCGUGUGUUAGUUCGAGUGAAGGAUUUGACAGGAGAAAAAGCUGAUGAAGUUGUCUGGGUUCGAGGUAGAGUCCAUACCAGCAGAGCGAAAGGAAAACAGUGUUUCUUAGUCCUACGUCAGCAGCAAUUCAGUGUCCAAGCUCUGGUGGCUGUGGGAGACCAUGCAAGUAAGCAGAUGGUAAAGUUCGCUGCCAACAUCAACAAAGAAAGCAUUGUUGACAUUGAAGGUGUUGUAAGAAAAGUGCCACAUAAGAUUGGAGGCUGCACUCAGCAGGAUGUUGAACUGCAUGUUCAAAGGAUCUAUGUAAUCAGUUUGGCUGAACCCCGAUUGCCCUUACAAUUGGAUGAUGCUAUUCGACCAGAAGUGGAUGGAGAAGAGGAAGGAAGAGCUACUGUAAACCAGGAUACAAGAUUGGACAACAGAGUGAUUGACUUAAGGACCUGCACUAGCCAAGCUGUCUUUCGUCUUCAAUCUGGCAUUUGCCAGCUUUUUCGAGAAACUUUGAUUAAAAAGGGGUUUGUGGAAAUACAAACUCCAAAGAUUAUUUCUGCUGCUAGUGAAGGUGGUGCCAAUGUAUUUACUGUUUCAUACUUCAAAAGCAAUGCCUACCUUGCACAGUCCCCACAGCUCUAUAAGCAGAUGUGUAUUUGUGCUGACUUUGACAAGGUUUUCUGCAUUGGUCCAGUAUUUAGAGCAGAAGACUCAAACACUCAUAGACAUCUGACAGAAUUUGUUGGUCUGGAUAUUGAAAUGGCCUUUAAUUACCAUUAUCAUGAAGUGGUGGAUGAAAUUGCAGACACCAUGGUGCAAAUAUUCAAAGGUCUUCAAGAAAGGUUUCAAACUGAAAUCCAGACUGUGAACAAGCAGUUUCCAUGUGAACCAUUCAAAUUCUUGGAGCCAACUCUGAGACUGGAGUUCCCCGAAGCUCUGGCCAUGCUUCGGGAAGCUGGAGUAGAAAUGGGAGAUGAAGAUGAUCUCAGUACCCCAAGUGAGAAGCUUUUGGGUCGUUUGGUGAAAGAAAAGUAUGACACCGACUUCUAUAUUCUUGACAAAUAUCCACUGGCUGUAAGACCUUUUUAUACGAUGCCAGAUCCAAAAAAUCCUAAAACAUCCAACUCCUACGAUAUGUUCAUGAGAGGUGAAGAGAUUUUGUCUGGUGCUCAGCGAGUUCAUGACCCACAGCUGCUGACUGAAAGAGCCAUGCAUCAUGGAAUUGAUUUGGAGAAAAUCAAGGCUUAUAUUGAUUCCUUUCGCUUUGGGGCCCCUCCCCAUGCUGGAGGUGGCAUAGGGUUGGAAAGAGUCACCAUGCUGUACCUUGGGUUGAGUAAUGUCCGGCAAACAUCCAUGUUCCCUCGUGACCCAAAACGCCUAACGCCUUGAAAGGACUGAAGGCCUGCAUUUAAGUUUAUUCCUUGUCGUCAUUAAGUCCUAUCCUAAAUGCAGUAUGCACUGGGAGGACAUUUAAUCUACUGAAGUGCCAGAAUAGUGAAUGUUUAAUUCACAUAAUUACUAAUAUUUACAGUUAACCAUUUUAAAAUAACUGAACUAUGAUCUAAAAAUGUUGUAUCUUUUUCAGAAUAUGCACUUGGUCAAACUAAAACUCCUAUUUGUCAUCUUAUACUUUAGCAAGUUUCUAAAAAUUUAAAUUGUAAUAAAAUUCAUAUUUUACAGAGUAAGGUUAAAUUUGUUUUUAGACACUUGACAGAAAAGCAUGUUUCAAAUGUAAGAGAUGAUCAGGUAUGAGUAAAUUUGGAAAUGAGUAAUUAUUUUGAGGAGCAACUGGAAAAUAGUGGAUUAACUGAUUAAAUGUGGAUUAACUGAAAUGCAGGUAGCAAUAAAACUUCUUAACUACC